GAUAUCAAUAAACAAUGUUAAACUGUCUAUAUCCUGAUCUUUCAAACUACAGGUUUCACAAAGAAGAAUGGCAGAUAUCAUAAGCAACACUACGCUGGAUGGAAGCUAUGUUCAGAGUGAUUAUGUUGAUUAUAAUGAUUAUGUUAUCAUAGAAAUCAUUUAUGGGAUCAUUUAUUGGAUAACAUGCAUAAUCAUUUGUAUCGACCUUCCUCUGGCCCUCAUAGCCAUCUAUGCCCUUUUCACUCUGGUACAAAAUAAUCACGUUGCUCCGAUCUACGUCAUCAACCUGCUCAUUGCUGACAUCUUUCAGCACUGCUGCAUUAUAACUGAAGCAGAACGGUCUUUCUACGAGCAUGAAUUCAGCCGUUUGGUCUAUGCUUACAUCUACUCUCUGAUGGCCAGUGUUGGCUUCAUGGUGUGUCUCUCCUUGGAAAGGUACAUGGUCAUUGCCUGCCCACUGAAGCACUGCUUCAUGCAUUCCAUCAAGAUGUCUGGGGUGGUCUGUGUCGUGGUCUGGGCCCUUCCUCUGGUCUUCCUGCUCCCCUUUGCUUUCAGGGUUGAUUUUCAUGUGACUAUAUCCAUCUUUGACCUUUUCUUUUUCCUUCCCUUCCCGCUGCUCAUAUUCUUUCUGGGUGGGACCCUCAAAGCCCUCUCUGCAUCCAUCUCAGUCCCUACAAAUGAAAAGCGACAAACUGUGGGAAUUUUGGUCCUGCUGCUGCUUAUUUACAUGCUGUUCCUGCCCAGUCUUAUUUGGUUAAUGGCAGACAGUGACAGAAAUGACAACAUUUUAAGCUACAGGGCUUUUGUCUUUCAUGGUUUUUCAGGUGUCAGAGAUCUGUCUAUUUUGUUUAUUCGCGUCAGUCCACUUGCACACCUAGUCCUGUGUGUUUUCAUGAGCAAAGGGGCCAUAGACAAACUUUUGACCUCCUUGGGUUGCUGCAAAAUGGGGGGCAAUGAUAUCAACAUUACAGUGUGAAUGAUGACAGUAUGCAAACAGUCAUUGUCAUAGAUGUAGAGAAAGCAGGGGGACGGAGAUAGCUGAGAACACAGAAUGUGGCAUGAAGAAAUAAAGACACACUUUUAUCAGUUUGUAUGAUUAUCAAUAAAACAUAUUAAUGUAAACAAUUCCUCUCAGAAAAUAAGGUUGUAUUUUGCAAAACUGCUGUCCUAAUCCAGUUAAAUUAAAAAGAUAUGGAUUAUGUCCACAGACCAUUUGUUUUAGAACAAAUAAAGCCCUUUACUCAUAUACUUUGU